UUCCGCACCAGCUGUUCUCUGUUCGCAAGGGGAGAGGUCGCCCAUAGUGAAAACGCCCAUAAGUGAAAAACGGAGCCAACGGCCUGACUGACUAGCUACACUCAUGACCGGACAAAGUCUGCUGCUGCUGGCCGUGCUGGCGGCCGUCGCGCUGCUGCAGCACAUGGUGGCGGGUGCGGCCGUCGACGGCGUGAUCGUUGUGCGUGGCAACAAGCUCUACAACGCCAAAACGGGCGAGCGCUUUUUCAUCAAAGGGGUGCGUUCGAACAGUUUUAAAAUACCCAAAAGGAUAGGAAGGAGCCAGCCGCCACGAUCUAACAGCAAAGCACUGUUCGGCAUUUUAAAAAUGGGGAGACUAUACUGAUGAAUGCUAUGGUUCUUCCUUGUAGCUGACGUACGAGUACGCUGUGAGCGACGACUACUAUGACAAGUACUCGAAGGCUGUGAUCAAGGAGAACCUCACAGGCCUCAAGUAUAACACGCUGCGUCUGUACAACAUUAACCCCGGUUCCUCGUACAAGAAAUUCAUGAACGACAUGGCUGAGCUCGGCGUUUACGUCAUGGUCUCGGCCUCGCCCGACAACGACGCAUACUACGGGAAGUACCGGUACUCGACCAUCACGAAGAAACUGAGCUGCUCGGGUAAAGUAUCCUCCGGUGACGGCGCUAAGACGGUGGACCAGACGGAGACGUGCUACCCGGCGCUGCUGCUUGAGUAUGGCAAGAAGAUUAUUCAGAACUUUGCUCAGUACGACAACACUCUGGGCGUCGUCGUGGCCAACGAAAUUAUGCAGGCUGAUCUCACUGCCGCCUCGUGUGUUAAGGCUUAUGUAGCUGAUCUGAAGAACUGGAUGACAGUCAAUGGCAAGAAGAUUCGAAUUCUGCCGCUCGCUUACGCUGCUGCUGACAGUAGUAACGACGAAGUAAGCAACGCAGACGACUACCACGUGAUGAAGGUCCAGGGUUUACUUUGCGGAGACAAGAUGACCAACGGUAUGAUGUCGGAGAGUAUCGAUAUCUAUCUGAUCAAUGAAUACCGUUGGUGUCCUGAUUCGACGUUCGCAGAGGCAUACCAACGCUACAUCGACAUGGCGCAGGGCAUUCCCAUCGUCGUUGCUUUCGGCGAGUACGGUUGUAAGACUUCUUCGGCUACUCCACGUGACUGGGGAAUGGUUCCGUAUAUGUACCAAGAGCCCUCGAAGACCAAGGAGUUUACAGCCGUUUGGUCUGGAGGUCUGGCUUACUCGUACGGUGAAGCCAAGCUUGCUAAAGACUCGCUGUUCCCGAUGUUCACAGGCGGUAGCACGGAUUUCUUGUCAACGCCCAGUUCGAAGGCGACGACGGAUUACACGAACCUGAAGGCCAUGUUUGCCAAGUACUCCGGCUACACGGAUGACGCAGAGUGGACUGACAGCACCAAGUGCUCGUGGAAGCCUACUGUAGAAACAAAGACACAGUCGACCAACAAGCUGGCAACAAAGUAUGGCUGGAUCGUGAGCAGUUGCUCGGCGAGCAACCUGAAGAUCGCCAGCACAGACUCGUGGACGUGCUCCAGCCGUGAAGGCGUGGUUUGUACGGACGAUGGUGACACGUGUGACGUGGCUUUGAGCAAAGCCGUUGGUACGACCCAGGAGGACAUUUGCGGCACGUAUGAGGUUACUAGCGGUGGUGGCACUUGCGAGACCACGUCUGACUGCGGAGGCAAUGGCCAGUGCAAGGAAUCGAACGGCACCAUGUCGUGCAGCUGUUUGUCGUGCUACACGGGCACGGAUUGCAGUGUCAAGGAUAUUAGCACCUGUGCGACUCUGAGUAGCUCGGACACGGCCCCGCAGAAAAUUUUUGUCGGUAUCGGUGUGUUCCUGGGUGUUAUGGCCGUGGUCUUUAUCGCCCUCGGCGUUGCCGCGGCCAAGAAGAAAGCUGGUAAGUAUUUGAUUGCAUCGUGUUGCAGCGGCAUUGUGAUGUUCUGUUUUCCUGACGUUUUGGUGCUCUCGCUCUUUUUGAUAUUCAGAAACGGACAGAUUGGCGCAGCAGGUGAAGGCUGGAGGCAACACCCAAACGACUGCUGCUUCCCUGUAGAGCGCUUAAUUUGCGAAGGCGCUAGAUCUGCUGUAUUGAGGUGAUUUCAAUGAAGCAUUUGAUGGUUUAUUUUGACAACAACAUUGAUCCCCAAUAAAACCCGGUUAAAUAUCGGACCGAUUCCCGUAGGAUGUGUCGCGUACAGAUCAUAGAUCCUGUAGUUUGUAUUAAUACAGGCUAAUUCCAUGGGAUCAUAGUGAAACCAAGUUUAUUCCCU